AUGCCCAAAACAGUUCUGGUUACCGGCUGCAGCCACGGAGGCUUAGGUGCAGCCAUGGCAAAGGCCUACCACGCCAAAGGCUUCCAGGUCUUCGCAACGCUGCGCAACAAGGCCAAGGCCGGAUCUCUAGCUGACAUAGAUGGCAUAGAGAUCGUCGAGCUGGAAGUCACCUCAGUCGAAUCUAUUCGUCAGUGUGCAAAUUCUAUUGCGAAACAUACUGGAGGAACACUUGAUGUUCUCGUCAACAACGCGGGCGUCAACGCCAUAGUGCCGCUUCUAGACGCAUCCCUCGACGACGCGAAGAAGGUAUACGAUGCGAAUGUUUGGAGUAUCGUUGCCAUGGCCCAGGCAUUUGCCCCGAUGCUCAUCAAGGCCAAAGGGGUGAUGUGCAAUAUUAGUUCAGUAUCUAGUGAGAUGGUUUUUGCAUGGGCGGGUGUAUACAGCAGCUCCAGGAGCGCUGAAACGAGAAUCUCCGAGACGCUGCGUCUCGAGAUGGCACCCCUUGGCGUGCGAGUUGUCACAGUCAUCCUCGGCGGUGUCCAGACAAGCGGAAACGACCCUAAGAACAUCGCGGACCUUGAGCUACCCCCGAAUUCGUACUACCGGAAGAUCACAGCAGUCAUCGAUCGCCAUAAGAAGACCAUGGUGCACCCGAACAAACAGAACGUCGACGUGGCAGCAAAGAACGUAGUCGAAGACGUUCUCAGCGGCCGCAGCAACUUCAUUCGUCGCGGUCAGGCGUCGACUCUUAGCUGGAUCUGCAACACGUUUCUUCCCUACGGACUGUUCACUUGGAUGAUCAAUCGGGAUUCGGCUCUUGGUGAAAUUGGGCUUGAAGAUACUGCAUGA